AUCGCAAAAGCAACAAGGGGUCCCGGAGACUCAGGGGUCUGUUGUAUACUAGCGCACAUUUCAGCAGCGAUAUACGACUCAAAGGGAUGGUGAACUUGCACACUUUUUCAGAGACAGCGCCAUACUAAGUGCCACACCAGUGACCACAUGCGAGCGACGAUGGUGCCGAGCAAGCAGGAUGCGUCCCUAGAUACUUUGCUGGAUCAGGUCCUCGUCUCACGCAACUGUGGAAUAUCACGAGCCUUGCAGCAAUUGGAUCCAUCGCAGCCGCUCUGUCAACACCUGGGUGGUCUGUCGCAAUGGCCCAUCGAGCUCAAGCUUGCCCUCUACCAAAUCAUCCAUACGGCAACACCCUCGAGUCUGCACUGGCGCGAUGGCAGUUUCUUCUUCGAGAAUGACCCGCUCAUGCGAAUGCUCGGCCGACCACUCGAUGCCGAUCAAGGAUUUGUCAAGCGACGCAGCGAAAACAAUCAAGGCACAUGGCUACGCAUGCAAAGUAAAUUCGAUAAAGCCUACAGUACAGGUCAAGUCGUCAAAACGGAUAGUUUCAGGAUUGUCGUGUUUGACUCAAUGGGCGCCCUGAGCGAGAUUGUUUGCAGCAUGUCGUUUGAUCCAGUCUUGCCAGUCGUGGCAGACUACGUCGUUGGUUGCAUCACAACGUACUCACAACAAACAGAAUUCGAGGCACUGAGUCGAGGCUUAAAACAAAUCGGUAGAUUGGACGAACGACUUGGCUUGUUGCCACGGCGGACGGAUGUCGUUCCCGUCUUGCUCGAAGUCUUGAAAGAGCGUGACUUGAUGUGCGAUAUUCCCAUCUCGAUGAUUUACAAAGUCUCGCAUCCAGAGCCCGCUACGCCGGGUAAGGCUGUUGAGCUAAAUCUGCUUGGUUCAGUCUCUAUUCCUGCUGGUCAUGCACUUUGCCCUCGUUCGCUCAAACUGGACGGCCAAGUCAAUGCAUUGCAGCUUGACAAAGUUGUACUCGACCGUCAAAUCAUCACACAGCCUAUUGCUUCUGCAGCCACUCGCGGUGUUCCUUCCAUGUCAUCCAUCCCGGAUGGACGAUUCAUCAAUUUCGUCUCAAUUCCGGUCGUCUCCGGACGUAUCGAAGAGGAAGCUCAAGCGCAAGUGGACUAUGUGCUUAUCUUGGCCUACAACCCAAUGACUGAGCGACAAGCGAUGUCUAGCCAAUUCGCAGGCAUGGCCAGACAUUACCUCGAAACUGCACUUCAACGUAUCCAUUCCUUUGAAGCAGAAGCACGAGCUAGAGAGUCAACGAAGCAAGCGUGGUUCCUGCGAAGCAUGAUGCACGAGCUUUCAAGUCCGCUACAAUUAAUUCUUGGGCCAGCAUCGGAUCUUGGUAAGCUUUUGUAUGGGUUCAAGAGCAAAGACGGUCCACCGACGGUUGAGGAGCGGAGCAAGGCGUAUAACCUCGCAACCAUGAUUGCACUGAAUUCUAAGCGCCUCAAGAAUCAGCUCGAGCUCAUGGCCAUGCAACUGAAUGACUCGCUGCAACUGACUGCAAAUUGCAUGUAUGAAGACGCCGAUAUACUGGCUCCCUUGCGCGAGGCAACUGCCGACUUUACACCCAUGUUCAAAAUCAAGGAUAUUUUCAUCGACCUCAUCUUGCCAGAAUUGGAAGUCAGCACUGACGUCUGGGUCGAUGUCGACCACUUUCGAGCAUUGUUGACCACCGUGUAUGGCAUCCUAUCCGAUUGCGCCAAAUCACAGACCAAGAUUCGCGUGGAGCGCAGAUUGCAACGAACAGGGCCCCAGAUUGUCUUUACCUUCCAAAGUGCCUGUGGUGUCAAAGAGUGCAAUGGCAUUACACUUCGUGAUAGUUCAAGAGUCAAGUCAUCUUCAGAGUCUGCUUCCAGUACAGGCAGCUGCCCGUGCAACAGUUUCGGCUUCGAGCGCGCCUCUUUGCUUUCGCGCCUCAACAGGAUUGACUUCAAAACGCACCUGCGGGAAGCCAUGAAUGAGUGCGACUAUGUUUUCACUUGCCUUUAUGGGACUGACCAUCUCGACCCCGAAAAGUGUAUAGGCAAGCCCAUGGCAGCAACGCCAAAAGGCAAGGAAGCCGGGCAGCUCAAUCGGGUAUCUACUAGGACGCUGAGUUGCAAAGCAACGAGUCCGGAAGCGUGCAGACACAGACGAUCCAUCUGCCCAAUGCACUCACAAAUCUUGGUGGUGGAUGGGGAUGAGCGGAUGGCGAAUUAUAUCCAAACCGUCAUGUUGCAAGACUUUGACGAGGUGACUGUCUUGGCAUCCGCUGAUGAGGCAAUCGAAGUGUUACAAUCCAACAAAAAUGAUGGACCCUCACUCAUCAUCAGUUCUGCCGAUACGACGCUGGAAGGAUCGCAUGCAAUGCAUGUAGCACAGUUUGUGUCUCGCAUGGCGCUCUCUGUACCUAUCAUUCUACUAUCAUCUAUGGUCAUGACAAAGAAGCAUCAAGUCUUGGGUGAUCUCUUCACAAAGGUUAUCUCGACGCCGUUUGACCCUGAUGCGCUCCGAUCAGCCGUUCUCAAGGGUUUGAUACUUUCCAGAGAUCGGCGGGAUGCUCAGCUUUAUGAUCUCUUCAAUCGCUAUGUGCAAGUCGCUUUCUUCAAAGUCAACCAAGCUGGGCAUAUCCAGAGAUACAGCGACUACUGGUGGCAGUUGACGCAGCACUCCGGUGGCGGCGACUCUUGGAUGGAAAGUGUCUAUGAGCCUGAUCGUGCAUCAUGUCUUGCCUGGUGGAGCGCAGGCCUGCAGAAUGGCUUCACGUCCGUCAUGAAUUGUCGCAUCGGUAAAACUGAGGCUUCUUGUCUAUCAGUUGAGCUGCGCUGUGUGGCAUGUACUUCGCCAGGAGAGGACGGCUGGAUUGGUGUGCUGACUGAUUGCACUGAACGCACGAAAGCAAGUGAGCGACUCUUGAAAGAACAACAAUUACGCGCGGAAGCAGCUAUAGAGACGAAGCGCAAGUCUGAAGCCUUCAUCGACCUCGUUUGCCACGAGAUCAGAAAUCCUAUCAACGCCAUCAAGCACAACAAUGAGUUUGUUCUGGACGAUUUAUCUGCGCUAUGCCGACUGCUUCGCAAGAGUGAAAGCUUCACAGCGGAGGCCGAGUCUCUACUAGAGUCAUCUCGCCGCUCGAGCGAGGUUAUUCAAGAAUGUAACGAGCAUCAAGGGCGCAUUACCGACGACGUCUUGAAUGUGUCGAAGCUCGAGCUGAAUCUAAUUGAAAUUGUCUCAGAGCCUUUUGCGCCAGUACACAAAGUCAAUCAGCUUUGUGCACUCUUCGACAUGUCUCGCACAAAGAGCUACAAUGUACUACAACACAAAGGAGCUGGGUCUGGUAGUUUACCAAAGAAUGAGACAAUUAUCAAAUGUCAGUACGGCGGUCUCUUCAGGGAUGAAGCUUGCCAGCAAGUCUGUGGCGACUGGUCCCGCAUCUCCCAGUGUCUGGUGAAUCUCAUCACCAAUGCCCUCAAGUUUUGCAAAGAUGUUGCACGUCCUGAGAUACUCGUCUCUGCAUCUUUGAGCGAACAACCACCAUUUGAGUCGCCACUACACGCGCAAAGCACUGAAUGGUGUGACGCUGGCGACUUGUACCUGACAUUUAGCGUCAAGGAUAAUGGCAAAGGUAUCUCUCAAGAAGAACAGGACAAGUUGUUUGAGCGCUUCAAGCAAGCUUCACCCAAGACUUAUGCCAAGUUUUCAGGGUCGGGGCUUGGUUUGUGGAUCACAAAACAGCUCAUCGGUCUUCAGGGAGGCAGUAUCAGGAUUGACAGCGAUGGCGAAGGUAAAGGCGCCGAAUUUAGCUUCUUUGUCCGUGUCAAACGCUCCGUGAUGCUCGCCAGCCAAGAUACAGCUGAGUCGAGUUCCGAGGAUUCGCAUUCCCCACAAUCUUCGCCGACCAGGACGCCUAAUUCACCAAUGAACAGUCGCGACUUUUUCUCAGCUGAUGAACUACCAAGCAAUCCUGCAAGACUUCGAAGCAAUUCUCGACCAGCUUUAUCCCCAGCCAACGCAGGCCCAAGUCGUCAUGUUCUCGUCGUCGAAGAUAACCAAGUCAACCAACAAAUUCUGAAGCGUCUCCUUACCAGUCUUGGUCACGACGUGCAAUGCGCGGAUAAUGGUCAAAUCGGCUACGAUGUAUGGCGAGCGGCGACAGCUCAGAAGCCAUUUGAUCUAGUAUUCAUGGAUCUUGAAAUGUAAAUCAAUUCCGCCGUGUGGUAUAUGCUAAUUUCUAGGCCUGUUCUUGGCGGUCUCGAAGCGACCCGACUCAUUCGCAAAUAUGAGCAAGAAAGUAUCAACACCAAUAGAGUGAAGCGUACACCAAUUUGUGCAGUGACGGGUAAUGCUCGUGCUGAGUACCUGGACGCUGCGAUCGAGGCAGGCAUGAAUGAUCGCCUCACAAAGCCAUACACGCGAGAACGCAUCUCGAAUGUCCUCAUGGCAUUGACUGCUGAGCCUUAGCUUCAGCAUGUCCCAUCCUCUCUUUGCAUGUAUACAUCAUUAAUCAAUUCAGCCUCUUAUAUUCAUAGCACUUGUACAUUAGAUCAUUUGACCACAGGAUUCGUCAGAAGCUCUUUGUGAUUUGG